AUGGCGUUCAUCGAACAUUACAUAUCGUUUGUUCAUAUUGUGAUUUGCGAAGGGUUCGAUACUGUCGAACUAACCAGAUAUCAAAUGCGUGUCGUUCGUGAUAACAUUGCAAAUAAACGAGUUAUACACAAUCCUUUUAACAAUAUUAUAGGAAAGAUAAUUAUUAUUAUUAUUUUUAGAAAAAUUAAAAAGAUCUCUGACCAAUCGACCGUUGCUACCACUGGUCAAGGUAUUUCACAAGGUUUAGCAUGGCUAAAUAAUAUUCUUCAAAAAUUACCCUCCCAUAUUUACUAA